AUGCCUCAAGCACAGCCAGAGUUGAAGAAGUACAUGGAAAAGCGGCUGCUCAUCCAAAUCAAUGGUAAUCGCAGGGUCAUUGGUGUCCUUCGUGGCUAUGAUGUAUUUAUGAAUAUAGUGUUGGAUGAAGCGAUUGAAGAAAAGACUGGUGGCGAGAAAGUGCGCUUAGGCAUGGUGGCUCUCGAGCGAAUAGCAGAUCGAUAAUGCAUACUCCGGACUGAUUCGGCAGGUUUUGGUGAACAACAUUCAAGAAAGCGCAGCCAUGCGUUGACGAAACUCAGACGCGUCGGGAAGCUCAUUCGCGAAGAUGAUCGUUCCAGGUUGACAGGCUACUACAUUCGAUAAUAGCUAUAAAGUUUUAACAAGGUU